AUGGGCAAAGACGGCAAUAAUGAAGAUGACAAAAAGCAACAGCCAGAGCCGCUGUUGCAGCUGCAACAGCAGGUGCAGCACCUGCGGUUGCAACCGCAACAGCAACCGCAGGCUGAACAGCUGUUGCAGCUGCAACAGCUGAUAGAGCAACAAUCGCUGCAAAUGCAGCAUAACAUGGCGGAACUCUCAGCCCUGCGGCAGCAAGUGCGAGAGAUGAAGGGGCAACAUGCUGGGCUUAUGCCACAGCACCAGCCGCCGCAGCCGCAGCACCAGCCGCCGCAGCCGCAGCACCAGCCGCAGCAGCCGCAGCACCAGCCGCCGCAACCGCACGUGCUGUCGCAGCCUCAGGCUACGCAGCCCCCGCCGUAUAAUUAUCAACCGCACCAAUUACAAUUGGCCGGGCUCUACGCGCCAGAACAGCCCAGCGAACCGCAUUACUAA